UUUUCAAUUGAAAUUUUAAUUGUGAAUUUCAUAUUUUUCUGUGCCUUAUCCACCAUAACGAUGCCUUCAAUCAAAUCAACAUUAUUUACAGAUGCAUUUGUUUUGACUGAUUCGGAUAAAUCUUCAUCAAAACAAUCAUUUAAUAAUGAUAGAUCAAAUAUUCAUUCCACACCAACAAUAUUCAAUGAUUACAAUCUUGAUGAUAAUGAUGAUGAUUAUGAUUUUGAACGAAAAUUAUCAUCAACAGUGGUAAAAAUUAAAUAUGGUCUAUUACAAGGCUUACUUGUAAAAAUGGAUAAAGUGUUUGGAAAUACAAUCAAAUCAACCAAAAAUCAUCAUCAUCAUCAUCCAAUUCGAUUACAACCUGUAAAAGCUUAUCUUGGUAUACCUUAUGCAUCACCACCAACCGGUGCCUUACGUUUUAUGCCUCCGGUAACUCCUACCCAUUGGCGUGGUAUUCGUUUAGCAACUGAAUUACAAUCACUUUGUCCACAACGAAUACCAUAUGCUGAUCUUGUAUUAAAUCAAACAACAUCAACUGAAGCAUUGAAAUUAAUGCCAUUAUCACGAUUCGAAUGGCUUCGACGUAUCAUACCGCGAAUGUCAAAUCAAAGUGAAGAUUGUCUUUAUCUUAAUAUUUAUACACCGGAUUUAGGUUCAGAAUGGUCUGAAAUAAAAAAAUCUACAGUGAAAAAAACAUCCGAUUCGAUUGUCGUUGCCGAUCAACGUCAAGUAUUUAAUCAAGCUAAUGACAAUGGUGAAAACAACGACAGCGACAACUAUCAUCAUUAUUAUCAUUAUCAACAACAACAACGUCAAAAAUAUAAAAAGAAAAUUGAAAAUGAAGCCGAUUCUUCAUUAUCAUUCGGUAACAACAAUAACAACAACAAUGAUGAUGAUGAUGAAAAUAAUAAAAAUAAUGAUGACGAAGAUGAUGAUGAUGAUGAUUUAGCUGUCGGAACAAUUUCCAAUGAAGAUGGUGAUGAUGAUAAUGAUAAUGAUGAUGAAUUCAAUGAUGGUAAUAAUAAUAAUCAAGAUGAUGAAAAUGAUGGAGUUAAAAUAACUGAUGAAAAUUCGGAAUCAACUAGGCUUGAUGAUGAAAAUGAUUACAUACAAUUGAUCAAACAAGAAUUUAUACAUCAUCAUGAUAAUAAUGAUCAUAUGAUACGAAAAAGACGUCGUCAAACAUUAUCAUCAUCUUCUUCUUCAAUGUCUCAAAGAAAAUUCCCUGUGAUUGUAUUUCUUACCGGUGAAUCUUAUGAAUGGAAUCCUGGAUCAUUAUAUGAUGGAACAAUAUUGGCUAGUUAUGGACAAACAGUUGUUGUAACAUUGAAUUAUCGUCUUGGAAUUUUAGGAUUUUUGCCAGCAAACAUCGAUGGCACUAUGCGUGGAAAUUAUGGCCUAAUGGAUCAAGUAGCAGCAUUACAUUGGAUACAAGAAAAUAUUGAACAAUUUGGCGGUGCAUCCGAUAAUAUAACUCUUGUUGGUCAUGGUUAUGGUGCUGCAUGUGCUCAUCUAUUAAUGCUAUCACCAAUGGCUAAAGGUUUAUUUAAUCGUGUUAUUCUUAUGAGUGGCUCAGCGUUAUCACCAUGGGCUAUUGCUCGUGAUGCCAAUGUAUAUGCCGAACAAGUUGGAAGACAAUUAAAUUGCCCAAUCAAGAAAACUUCAUUGAUCAUUGAUUGUCUCCGAACACGAACAAUCGAUCAAUUACAGUUGGUUGAUUAUCAAGUGCCUGAUCAUUUAGCUGGAUUCGGUCCAAUUAUUGAUGGUAUUGUUGUACCACAAGAACCAAGAAUUCUUAUGCAUCAAAUGCGACAGUCAUUAUGGUUACGACAACAAUAUCAACAACAACAACAGAAUCAUUCAGAGCCAGAAAUUUCAUCAUCAGCAUGGUCAACCUUAUCUGCACAUUUGCAUCAAAUUCAUUCGAAUAAUGGUGCUCGAACAUCAUUAUCUAAUUCUAGGAAUCAUCAUAUCAUAAACAUUCCAAGUAAAAUGUCUGCAUCAUCAUCAUUUCCAAUCACAACAAAAUUCCAGUCGCCACAGCAACAACAACAAUCUCCAACAUUACCUUGGUUUUAUUGGACGACAACAAUACCAGAUUUAAUGGUUGGUGUAACAAGAGUAGAAUCACCAAUAACCAUAUUCAGUUCACAUGAAGAACGCAAUGGAAUUUCAUUACCACGUCGUGAUCGAUUAUUACGAACAUUAGUACGUAACCUCUAUGAUUAUCAUCAGCAGGCUAUUUUCUAUACAUUGAUUAAUGAAUACACAGAUUGGACAAAACCAUCUAUUGAACAUCCAUUGAAUUUAAUGGAUUCAUUAAUGGAAUUAUAUGCUGAUGCAUUGGUAGUUGCACCAUUGAUUGAAUCAUUGGAUCAUCAUUAUGCUCAAUCAUCAGCAACAACAAAAAGUUCAACAAACAAUCCAACAGUGACAUCCAGUAGUUCAUCAUUUACUACAACAACGAAUACACCUAAUACCUUUUUCUAUGUGUUUCAAUAUCAGAAUGAACAUUUUUCCAGACAAAGUUAUCAUGAACGUCUUGGUGCAGCCUAUGGUGAUGAUCUUGCCUUUAUAUUUGGUGUACCAUUCAUACUACAUAAUCAAGGUGAUAAUUACUUUUUCCAAAAUCAUAAUCAACAUCGCUAUUAUCAUCGAAAUUCGGCAAAAAGUAAAAGUAAAACUUGUUAUCCUACAUUGGAUAUUUCAUCUAAUUGGUAUCCAUCACCAUCAAGUGUACCAUCAUCAAAUAAAACAUCUAUGGGUGAAUUAGAAUUAUGUCAGCGAUUCAUAUCCACUUGGGUGAAUUUUGCUAUACGCGGGAAUCCAAAUGAUGAUGAUGAAAAUAUUUCAAAAAUUCGAUCAUUGCCAAAACAUUCACGUCAUCAUUCUCAUCAUUAUCAACAACAAAAAAAUUCAUUGUCUUUAUCAUCAUCAUCAAAGGAAAAAACAAUUCCAAAAACACAUGAUCAAUGGAUUGCAUUCUAUGGUUAUCAAACCGUACAUACAUCAUGGUCAUGGCAAUCGAAUACAAAAUUAUCCAACAACAAUCAACAACAACAACAACAAUGGCCACAAUAUGAUACGACAAAAAAAAGAUAUUUACAAUUUGGACAAUCAUCAAUUGAAUCGCGUGAUCAUUAUCAUAGCCAUCGAUUGUCAAUUUGGUUAUCGUUAAUACCACGUCUACAUGUACCAAUCGAGCUUAAAGAUUCAUCAAUAAUGCCUUUUUAUGGAUCAAUCGAUUCAAUGAUGGAAAAAUCGAUGGAUAAUGUUAUAAAUAUUGAUAAAAAUAAUGUUGAUGAUGAUCUAUCCGAUGAUUUUCAACUUGAUCAAGAUCAAUAUUUUUAUCUAAAACAUCAUUUAUUGCCUGAUCAUGAAAAUAUGGAUACAUAUGAUGGUAAUGUUAAAAAACUAUCAAUAAAAAUACCCGAAUCACAACAAUGGCAACAAAAACAUUUACGACGAAAUAUGACUAGUUUGUAUGAACAACAACAACAGACGUUAUAUGGACGUAUUUAUGAUACAAUGACUAAUAUGAUUAUUAAUGAUGGUUUAUCAUCAUCAUUAUCGUCAUCAUCAACAGGAAUUCGACCACAAAUGUCAACAUCUCAGCAACAAUAUGCUCGACGUCAAAUUGAAUCAAAUAAAAAUAAAAUUCUUAUACCAGAAUUAGUGAUACAUUCCAGUUCAAAACAAAAUGAUAAUAUUAAAAAUGAAGAUAAUAAUUUAGCAACCAAUUCAUUAGGAGUAAAUUCCGUCGAUUCCAAAAAUAAUUCACAUUCGGAAUCAAAAUCAGCUGUAUCGGCACAUCAAAUUCCAUCAUCAUCAUCAUUUGUAACUGAAACAUAUAGCACCUUGGUUUAUAUUUCAUUCAUAAUCGGUGGUCUACUAUUUUUACUCAAUUUGAUCAUCGUUAUUGGUGUAUAUUUUCAAAUGAAAAAUGGCCGCCAACAACGACGGCAACGACGACGACUUGAACAAGAACAAAAAUAUUGUACAACAUCAUUAGAUGAACAAAUUAAUAAUACUAAUCAACAACAGCUCGAACAAACAUCACAAAAACAUUUAGAUUCUAGUGGUAAAAAUAAUGGAAAUGGUGAUGAUGAUGAAGAAUUUUUGGAAAUGGCAACCACCACCACGACCAUAACUACAAAUGAUCAAUUUAAUCGUACACCAAAUAAAUACAUUAACCGAAAUCAACAACAAACCGAACAUAGUCAUCAUCAUCAUCAUAAUCAAAAAUUAUUGAAUCGUCAUCAUAGAAAUCUCGACAAUAGUAAUGUUGAAUCAACCAUAGUGAACCAAAAUGAUAUGAACAUUGGAUAUAAAAUAGAAAAAUCAACAUUACAACGAUCAACAUUAUCAAAAAUUGAUCAUCAUAGAAUAUCUGGCUAUAAAGAUAAGUUAUCAAUGUUGGAAACAAAUAAAAUCCGAAACUAUCAACAACAUCACAAUCAUCAAAAUAAUUAUGAUGACGCUAUUAAUAAUAAUAUAGAAAUGUUACAUUUAGUUGGAAAUUCUGCGAAUAAUGUUGACAGUGAUUCUAUUUUACAGCAAUCAUAUAAAAAUCUUAAAAUGAACAAAGUGAAUGUUGAUAAUACUAAAUUUCAAACAUUACCUUUAAAAUAUGGUAAACAACAACAACAACAACAAGAAAUGACGACUGAAUUUUAUACCGAUUCUGAACCAAUUAUAACAGCGACAUCAACAAUUUCUGAACAAUCUACACCAUUAAAAUCAAUAUUAAAAAAUUCCUCACAACAACAUCAUCAACAUUUAGAACAACCGGAUACAACAACUUAUUUAGUUGCAACCGAUUCAUAUCAGAUGUUAGAUCCAUCCACUAGUAAUACUGAUUCAUUAAUAUUUUCAUCAACAGAUUCACAAUUAUUACAAGAUGGACAUACAUAUUUGAAUGGAAAUGAUUUUGUUAACUGCUUUCUUACAGCUACAGCAACAACAAUGGAAACUGGUAAUGAUAAUAAUAAUGAAUAUAAUCAUCAUCAUCAUCGUCAUAAUCAUCCACAAAUAACAAACAUCAAUGAUAAUGCGAUUAAUGUACAACAUCACCAAGAUUUAAGCCAACUACCAUAUAUUACAUUAACCGAAAUGUAUCAACAACAACAUCAUCAUCAACAACAACAACAAUCAAGCAAUAACCAGGAUACGGAUAGAUCAUAGAUACAUACAUUGAGAAACCCAGCAAAAUUUUUUUCGAUUAAAAUUAAAUCUUGUUAUCAUUAACAUGAAACAAAAAAUAAAAAAUA